AUGGACCGGCGGCCGGAGCUGCAGCGGGCCAUGACGCUCAAGGAGCAGCUCUCCACGCCCGCCGAACCGGCCAUCCGCGACUUCCUCAGGAUCCCGGACGACGACGACGACGGCGGCGGCGGCACAGAGGACAGGCCGUGCACGCUCAUGGACGCCAUCGACCGGGACGUUCGAGGCGAAGGCGGGGCUGGUGGUGCGAUCAACUGGAAGCCGCUGCGCCACCGGCUCUGGCUCCGCCGCGCCGCGGGAGCGUGGCACGCAGCGGGGUCGGAGACCGCUGCGGCGAACCGUGCCGUCCCGAGAAGCAGAAGCAAGUGCAACUACACGUCCGGUGAGGCGUCCGCCACGUUCUCCCGCGCGCCAUCGCUCCGCGCGGUGGUCGACGAUGAGGACGGCAGCGACGUAGAAGAGGAGGCGGAGGACAAUGAUUUACCGCCGCCGGCCGCGGCGUCGACGUCCCUGAUAACGCUGAUGGAGCAGGCCGACGGCCACUGGGACGAAACGGGCGAGGACGGCGGCGAGUCCCGGUGCGGCUCGGUCGAGGACAACGACGAGGACGGCCAGGGCGAGCGGCGCGAGGAGGACGAGGAGGAGGAGGAGGCGCAGGUGUGCUGCGUGUGCAUGGCGCGGCACAAGGGCGCGGCCUUCAUCCCGUGCGGCCACACCUUCUGCCGCCUCUGCUCCCGCGAGCUCCGGCACACCCGCGGCAACUGCCCGCUCUGCAACGUCUUCAUCCAGGACAUCCUCCACAUCUUCUGA